UCACAGCCAGGCGUGUGGCUGCCGAGUUCCCCCCUCCUCUCCUUAUCCCUUCUCCUUUUUGCCUCUUCCCCUCCCGCGCGGGGGUUUCCGCCGUGUCGGCCAUGGGCACAGCCAUCGAGGUACCCCCAUGAGCCCGCUCCGGUGGGGCGCCCGGAGCAUCCCCGGGAGGAGGGGGCUCGGCUUCCUCUCCGGUCACACGCACGCUUGCUGGUGCUGCUGGAAAGCUCGCUCCACGGGGAUUAGCAGCCGCUUCGCCUCUUCCUAGCCUCUGCCUCUUCCUCUUUUCCUGUCCAUCCUCUUCUUCCUCCUCCAGCUCCUGACCGAAGGAGAAGGAGCAGCCAAAGCCUGAAGCACCCCAGGAGUCCUCUGCAGCAGCUCCAGAGCCAUCCUCAGUCGCUGUGGAUACACUCACUGGACAGUGCUGUCCCAGCCUGCUGCAGCUGCCUGAGCCCCAACCUCUGCAAAGGGCAUGUAAAGGAGGGGAAAAGAGCAAUAACCCCAACUGGCAGCCCAGAAAUAACCAGAGUGGAAGGGUGGAAAAGAGAAGGAAAAAGGGAAGAGGAAAAUGGAGAGGUAAAUGGAUCUUCCAUGGCCACAGCUGCCUUCUGAAGAGUCCAGCACCAGCCUUUGCAACUGACACUGGAAUUGAGAAGCACCCAAAAGCAUCUCUCCUGCUGAAGCCACCUGAAGAUGGGACACUGACUAAAGGAGCAGGGGCAUCGGAGGAGAAGUCACCUUCUGAGCCACUUCUCGUGCGAACGCCUCUGCGAAGGACAUGAGCCAGCAGCCGAGGUGGCAUCUGACACAAGGGCAUCACCAGAGGCAAAGCUGCAGAGUGAACCCUGUGGGACCUCAAUGAAUUGAUUAAAGAUCAGGCCUGAGCUGUGGAAGCUGAGAUCAAUGAGCCAGGAGAGUCGAGCCACAGCUGAAUGCCAUGGCCCUGUGAAGCUGCCCUGUGAAGUGCCAGCUCCCAGCAUGUCCAGUGGUGGCUCCUUUGCAGCUGUCUAACACCAGGCAGGUCAUGCGGAGCCGGGGGCUGCCGGGGGUCCCCGUGCUGCCCUCUGCCUCGGCUCAGCUCUCUCACAGCCUCUGCCGCAUCUGCUCCUUGCAGGCCUCGCCCUGAGCCCUGCCCAGCCCGCAGCCGGCCCGGUCCCAUGACUCUGGGAGCAUGAAGGGGCUGUCGGGCAGCCGCAGCCACCACCACGGGGUGGGCUGCGAGGCGCCGUGCGACAGCCUGCCCCAGCACCCCGACAGGAAGCCAUACCUGCUGAGCCCGGGGGACCCCCACCCCGCGGACCACCCCUACUACACUCAGAGGAACUCUUUCCAGGCCGAGUGCGUGGUGCCCUACGGCGAGCAGAUGGCCAGCAGCACCUUCCCCCGCAGGCACUACAGCUCGCACCACGAGCUGAAGGACGAGUGCGCCCUGGCACCGCACGCCGCCGCCAAGGCCAACCGCAUCCCCGCCAACCUCCUGGACCAGUUCGAGCGGCAGCUACCCCUCAACCGGGACGGGUACCACACCCUGCAGUACAAGAGGACCGCCCUGGAGCACCGCAGCGACAGCCCCGGCAGGAUCCGGCACCUGGUCCACUCCGUCCAGAAGCUCUUCACCAAGUCCCACUCCCUGGAGGGGCCGUCCAAGGGCAGCGUCAACGGCGGCAAGGCCAGCCCCGAGGAGGCGCAGCCGCCCCGCUACGGCAAGCGCAACAAGAGCAAAGAGAGGAGGGCGGAGGGCAAGGCCAGGCCCGGCGCCUCGGGCUGGUGGAGCUCGGACGACAACCUGGACAAUGAGGUGUGCCUGUACCACGGGCCCAGCGGGGUGAUGACCGUGGGCAGGUGUCCCGACCGCUCCUCCUCCCAGUACUUCCUGGAAGCCUACAACACCAUCAGCGAGCAUACUGUGAAGUCUUCCAGAAGCAAUAACGAUGUCAAGUGCUCCACCUGUGCCAACCUGCCUGCCAACCUGGACUCCCAGCUCAUGAAGAAGAGCUCUUGGUCCUCCACGCUGACGGUCAGCAGGGCCCGGGAGGUGUACCAGAAGGCCUCGGUGAAUAUGGAGCAGGCGGUGGUGAAGGCAGAGACGUGCCAGCAGGAGCGCUCCUGUCAGUACCUCCAGGUGCCCCAGGACGAGUGGUCUGGGUACAGCCCCCGGGGGAAGGAGGAGGAGAUUCCCUGCCGCAGGAUGCGCAGCGGCAGCUACAUCAAAGCCAUGGGCGACGACGACAGCGGCGACUCGGACACCAGCCCCAAGCCCUCCCCCAAGAUCGCUGCCCGCAGGGAGAGCUAUCUCAAGGCCACCCAACCCUCCCUGACGGAGCUCACCACCCUCAAGAUAUCCAGUGAGCACUCCCCAAAGCUGCAGAUCCGGAGCCACAGCUACCUGAGGGCAGUGAGUGAAGUCUCCAUCAACAGGAGCCUGGACAGCCUGGACCCUGCAGGGCUGCUGACAUCCCCCAAGUUCCGCUCCCGCAACGAGAGCUACAUGAGAGCCAUGAGCACCAUCAGCCAGGUGAGCGAGCUGGAGGUGAACGGGCAGUUCGAGUCGGUGUGCGAGUCGGUGUUCAGCGAGCUGGAGUCGCAGGCCGUGGAGGCGCUGGACCUGCCCCUGCCGGGCUGCUUCCGCAUGCGGAGCCACAGCUACGUGCGCGCCAUCGAGAAGGGCUGCUCGCAGGACGAUGAGUGCCUGUCCCUGCGCUCCGCCUCCCCGCCGCGCACCACCACCACCGUCAGGACCAUCCAGAGCAGCACAGUGUCCUCCUGCAUCACCACCUACAAGAAGACCCCCCCGCCGGUGCCGCCGCGCACCACCACCAAGCCCUUCAUCUCCAUCACCGCCCAGAGCAGCACCGAGUCUGCCCAGGAUGCCUACAUGGAUGGGCACGGGCAGAGGGGGGACAUCAUCAGCCAGUCUGGCCUCAGCAACUCCACCGAGAGCCUGGACAGCAUGAAGGCGCUGACGGCCGCCAUCGAGGCUGCCAACGCGCAGAUCCACGGCCCUGCCAGCCAGCACCUGGGCAGCAACACCGCCACCGUCACCACCACCGCCACCAUCGCCACCGUGGCCGUGGAGGACCGGAAGAAGGAGCACUUCAGGAAGAACAGAUGCCUCUCCAUUGGCGUACAGGUCGAUGGUGCUGAAGAAUCCCCCAAAGCAGGUGAAAACAAAGCAAGCAGUAAGUUCCAGUCCAUAGGAGUUCAAGUAGAGGAGGAGAAGUGCUUCCGCAGGUUCACACGCUCCAACAGCGUCACGGCGGCCGUGCAGGCAGACCUGGACUUCCACCAGAACUUGGAGCUGCUCGACCCGCAGGAGGACAGCUCCUGCCCCGGCCCCGUCUCCAGGCAGUUCUCCCGGGACGCCAGCACCUCCACCGUCAGCAUACAAGGGUCAGGGAACCACUACCACGCCUGCGCCGUGGACGAUGACUUUGACACAGAUUUUGACCCCUCGAUCUUACCUCCUCCUGACCCCUGGAUUGACUCCAUCACCGAAGAUCCCCUGGAGGCUGUUCAGAGGUCAGUGUGCCCCCGCGACGGGCACUGGUUCCUGAAGCUGCUGCAGGCAGAGCGGGACCGGAUGGAGGGCUGGUGCCAGCAGAUGGAGAGAGAGGAGCGGGAGAACAGCCUGCCCGAGGACAUUCUAGGGAAGAUCCGAACUGCAGUGGGCAGUGCCCAGCUCCUCAUGGCCCAGAAAUUUUACCAGUUCAGAGAACUGUGCGAAGAAAAUCUGAACCCCAACGCGCACCCGCGGCCGACCUCCCAGGACUUAGCAGGGUUUUGGGACAUGCUGCAGUUGUCCAUAGAGAACAUUAGUAUGAAAUUUGAUGAACUCCAUCAGUUAAAGGCCAAUAAUUGGAAACAGAUGGAUCCUCAUGACAAGAAGGAGAGAAGGGUCCCUCCUCCAGUGCCAAAGAAGCCAUCGAAAGGGCAGGUGCCGCUGAUCCGCGAACGCUCUCUGGAGAGCUCGCAGCGCCAGGAGGCUCGGAAGCGGCUGAUGGCCGCCAAGCGCGCGGCCUCCGUCCGCCAGAACUCCGCCACCGAGAGCGCCGAGAGCAUCGAGAUUUACAUCCCCGAGGCCCAGACCAGGCUGUGAACCCAUCCGGCCUGCAGGACUCUGGCAAGAGCAAGCCUCCUGUGUAACCUCUGCCCCUCCUAGGCUCCUGCUCAAGGUCACUACCGACUACUUCUUACCUCCUCCUCCUCCUCUCUCCCCUGUCCCUGGCCCCCUCUCCUCUCCCUGUAUGCAGCCGCCCUGAUGAUGCUCCCAGUUGAACUCCACUGCCAGUCCUCCAAGAGAUGUCCUCUGCUUUCCCCCUGGCUUCCCGGAGGUCCUGCCUUGCCAUCACCGUGCUUUGUCCCACGGACUGACGUCGCCACUUUUGCCUCAUGUAAACCAGUAGAAUCCUUUGGGGGUUUGGGGCUCUUUUGGGGUUUUUUCGGUUGUUUUGGGUUUUUUUUCCCCUCUCUGUUUGAAUCAAAGGCAGAGCUCAGCCUUCCACACCCCUGUACAGUAGAUGCUCCUCACCUGCCACUCAAACCUUUAGUUGACCUCAAGCCAGUUCUGGUGUACAGCAAUAGCCAACCGUAGGGGAGCGUGGAGAUCUCGGUCAGGCAGGGCGAUCCCGAAGGACUCUGCUGUCUUCCUCUCCAAGGAUGGAAGGAGCUAGGACUUGGAUUUACCUUCUUUUUAGUCCUGAGUUUUGGGCUUUUGUUUGUUUGUUUGGGGGUUUUGUUACUUUUCCUUUUUGUUUUUUAAGCAGAUGGUGCACUUUAAACCUCCAAAUCACAUCUUGUCAUCAGUCACACACCCAGAGGCAGCUGGGGGAAGGGGGGGAGAUAAAAAAACCAACCAAGCAAAUGGAUAAAAUCUGAGCAAAAUGAGACAAAACAAAAGCAAAAUGAGACAAAACAACACAGAAAGGAAGGAAAAUAAAACAAAAUAAAAUGAAACAGAACAAACAAAACAAAGCAGAAUGAAAUGAAACAGAAUCAAAGCAAAAUGAAAGAAACAAAAUCAAACAAAAUGAAAGAAAACAAAACAAAGCAAAAUGAAACAAACCAAAACCAAAUCAAAAUGAAUCAGAAUUAAAAUAAAAUGAAAUGAAACCGAAUGAAUCAAAGCAAAAUGAAACAAAACAAAACCAAAGCAAAACAAAGUGACCCAACCCAAAAUGGGAGAAGGCUAAGCCGGUCCCAGCUCUGGGAUGGAAGCAGCGGCCAGAAGAGCUGCCCUGGGAAGGGUGAGCCUGCAGGCUCCCAGCUGCACAAACUGCCUCACUGGUGUCUCAUCAGUCACCGCUCUCACACACACCAGACCAACAUUUCAGUCAGCAGAGGAUUGUCAAUUCGCUCUUCCAGGGGAAAUAAUCUACUUUGAAAGGCAAUAAAAAGAAGGAGCUAAGAAGCAGAGAGAGUUUGAAGAGAUGCUGUAUAAAAACAAACCACCCAGCACGGGGAGGAUCUUCCCUGUCCGAGUAUUGCGACUUUUUACCGCUGUACUGUACCGUACUGUACUGUACUGUCGCUUCCUCUUGUAUUGUAUUGUAUGGAUGAUAUUGGUUAAAAAAAGAGCAAAAAGACCAAAAAAAGAGAAACGAAACAAACCAACACAAAUCUUACCUUGGUCUGGUUGAUGUCUUAAUCUCGGUGGGACCAGCUGAUCUCACACGGCCACGCAGGGACAACCGCAGGACAGGGCUGAGCCCGCAGCCGCUGAUGCUUGGCCAGGCCGGGCCGGGCUUUGCCUGCUUGACAGCCAAUGGUCCACAGCUAGGAGCAAGCUCCUGCCACAGCCUCCUCCCGAGAGCAUCCCACGGGAACUGCGAAGUGUGUGCAGGAGCUCUGGGAUCAGCAUGGACUUCGCUCUCCUCCGCGCCAGCCUGCCCUGGCCUCUGCCGCUGGCUGCAGCUCCUCAGCAGCGGGGAGGAACAGCAGAGAGCUGCGGAGGGCAGCCCCUGCCUGGCUGCCCACCCUCCGGCUGCCCCCGCUCGAGGCAGGAGCUGAUCCUCCAGCUCCUGCCGGCAGGAAGGAUGAUGCCGCUCCAACCGCGCCGCGCCCCGACUCUCGUGCCAACCUUAGGAAAGCUCUGCCAGGCAUGCGGUGUGAGUGUGAGUGUGCCCACACGUGCCUCGCUGGCCUCUGCUGCUGCCAGCAGGACCAGCUGCUGGGCGUGCUGGGCGGGGGCCCCGUGGUGACGCUUUCUGGACCCUUCACCGCACCCUGCACAUCUUUGGCCCAGCUGCCAGGGCACAGCUCUGUGGCAGGGAAGAUGGCAGCUGCUUUCUGCUGCCUGUGAGGACAGCCCCAGGGUGCAGGCUGUGCCCUGCUUAGCCUCUAAGGAAGGUGCCACUCGCGGCUGGCCCUGCUGCAGGUGCAGUGGCCUAGUUCUGCAGUCUGCACUGAAACUCGGUGAGAAGCAGCCUCAAGAAGCGAAGCUUCUGCUCCAGCAGGCCAUGGAGCCCAGGCCAGAGAGCUGCUGCCUCCUGUGCCAGCACAGCCAGGUGCUAACUUCACUUGACUGAAGAAACCAGGCGAGGUGGAAGGUUCUGGCACCAGGGACUUUCAGGGGAGCCUACUGAAACCACUCGAGAAUUUGCUACCUCUCAAAGCCAUUUGAUUACCUGAGCUACGUCUUUCGAAACAGGGCACAACCCCCAGUCUCUCACUGCUGUGGUUUACAAGAUAAGGGCUAACCAUUUAAUAUAUAUAUAUAUAGGAACAAGAGAAAAUGGACUUUUAACCAACCACAACUCCAGUGUCACCCUCCAGGGCUUUUGUGUCCACCAGAGCUGCAGGAGGCUUCACCCUCCCGAGCAGCUGGAAGACCAAAAGUACCUUGGCCACGUUUCCCCCUGGAGCAGCGAGGAGCCGUGGGGCGUGUUUGCAGGACGUGCCAGUGCCAACUGCCACCUCUGGGGCUUUGGGAGCGCCUCUAGGUCCUAGGAAGUGGGAAUUCUUUGGAACUCAUUUGUACUCACCCUGUACUCAAAGCAGUAGCCCAGGUGAGCACUCACAUCCCCUACCCUGCCGUCGCCUUGACCGUGUAGUGAACGAUGAGCUGAGGCUUGCGGUUGCCAAGUGGCUACAGCCAAUUUGUAGUCCUCACCCCUCCAACAAACCCCAACAGGCAGCAGAGCAAAGCCUACGCCCUUGCACCUGGCAAAUUGGCAUCUCCCUCUGCCCUGCAAGAUUUGGCCUUCCAACUUUAAGGGACGUUCAGCCUCAGCUGCAGGCCUGCUGGGUGCUGCAGAAGGUGCCCUGAUGUUUGCUCAGGGGUUUAUAGCAAAGGCUUAACCAAGCCCAGAAGGCCACUUGGUGCCACUCGCCUCGCCCACCCGUGCCACUCCGCUCCGCUGGCUCAGGCAUAUGCCUCGGCACCAGUGCUGUGCUGGUUUGAGGCUGACCUGUCUGGUGCCAUCCAAGAAUGCCUCCAGCCUGUUUCACUUCGGGACUAACUGUUGCUGCUGCUUUUCUCCUCCCCCUUCACAUUAUUUUUCUUCUUGUUCUUCUCCUUUGUCUUCUUUCUUUCUCUUCUUCUUCUCCUCCUUCUUCUCCUUUUCUCCUCUCCUCCUUUCUUUUCUUCUUCUUAUUGCCCUUCUCUCCUUUCUUCUUUUCUUAUUUUUCUUCUCCUGUUUUCUUUUCUUCUUAUUUUUCUUCUCUUUUCUUCUUGUUAUUUUUCUUCUAUUUCUUUUCCAUGUUGUCCUCUUGCUCUCCUCCUCCUCCUUCUUCUCCUUCGUCUCAGGGGGACCUUCUGAUGAACAAAAAGAGAAGGUUGGUUUGUCUCCUGCUUUAAGCCAGCAGUAAUUAACAGGGAGAAGUGUUUAUUGUAUUUCUUGCAGCCGUUUCCAUUCAUAGUAACAAGAACCUCCCCUCAAUCCCAACCUGCUUGUAAAGCAAGAGGAAGACCUGGGGUAAAGCUUUGUGAUGCGUGCAGAGGGAACCAGAGGACCUCUCCUUGUAGUCCAGCUGGCUUCAUGUCUGGGUGGCUUUCCCCUGGCUCUGCACUCUGACUUUCCUCUGAGCUGUAUCUCUGUGAAGUCCUUGAGUUGACUUUGGGGGUUUGGGUUGGGUGUGAGGGUUUUUGCUUGGAAGGGGAAUGGUGCAAAUGCGUAGUCAGUGUGACUGGAAUGUAAAUUGUUCACCUCCCCCGGCCCCCCCGGCCCCCUGCCCUCCCAGAUGUGAUUUUGGAGCUGUUUGUUUUGAUUCUAAAUAAUAAUAAGAAGUCACAAGCUGGAAAAGCUGUAGGUAGGGGGAAGAGCUUCUCUGGGGACGGCUGGAAGGAGCCUGGGUUUCCGCAGGAUGCUCUGGGUCAGGUUUGUGCGUGGACAGGAAAAUGUAAAUAGAUGAAUGUUUCCCAUGAUGUAAAAACAGCCAAACAGAAGAGUAAAUUAAUGAAUAAAAGACUUCAUGCACUGCUUGUA